UGAGCUGGGCCUUUCUUCCGUCGCGCUCCCAUAUAAUAGUGCGCAUCAUUUUGGCAAGGCUUCUUGUUAAGUUGUUUUUUUCUGUACUACUACAGCUUGAACUCACAAACUCCAAUAUGCUGGCUUUGGUCCGAAAACAGCUUAGAACCCACCCUUCCCUCAUCCCCCUCUUCAUCUUCAUUGGUGGAGGAGCAACCAUGGCCGCGAUGUACCUCGCUCGCCUGGCGCUGAAGAAUCCCGAUGUCUGCUGGGAUAAGAAGAACAACCCCGAGCCCUGGAACAAGUUGGGCCCAAAUGAUCAGUACAAGCUUUUCGCCGUUAACAUGGACUACAGCAAGCUAAAGAAGGACCGUCCUGACUUCUAAAGAUCAUAUUGGCUGGACCAAAAGCACAAAAUUGAGCAAAUCCGCACUACCCCACUGUGAGCUUUUUGGGGUUCCAAUGUGUUGCAGAGGCUAAAUCCGCACAGUGAUUCAUAUUUAACUUUAGCUAGUGCAUUUUAUUGGCUGUUCAAACUGUUGUUUGAGAUCUAAUUUUGAAUGGUUGCCAAUAAACUAAGGGAGUCUUUUCUCCUCCAUACAAAGAAAAGAA